AAUCGUUUUGAUUUCAUUAUUAUUGAUUUCUGUUUGGUUAGUAGUUCACUGAAAACCGAAACUACCAUGAAAAUUAUGAGCCAUACAUAUUUGCGGCAUCUUCACGUGUAUAUAAAGAGCAUAAUUUUCUUAUCCGACUUCAUACUCCAGCAGCAAAUACAAGUUCAAGCUAAAAUAUUCGUACAAAGAAUUCAGAAACUGAAAAAUGUUGUCUUUUCACAAAUUCAUUUUCACAUUUGGUAUUAUUAUCGCAUUAAUUGUGAUCACAACAGCAGCCCCACAAUCCAACAACCUUGCGAUGCAGAACGCAAUGAGAAGUCUGGAUUCGGCCAGAUUUAAACCGAACUGGAACAUUAACGGGAGCGGAAGUGGAAACAACGGUCGAAAUUGGGGGGCCGGUGGAAACGUUGGGGUUGGCACGAAAGUUUGGCAAAGUCCCAACGGUCGCCAUGAUGUUGGUGUUGGUGCAAAUUAUGGACAACAAUUUGGACGGAGCCAGGGUCAAUCAUGGCACAGUCGACCUGAUGUCGGAUUCGGUGCAGCGUAUCGUUACAAAUUUGGUAGACGGUAACUAAUCAAUAUUCAAUCCAAGAACCCAUCCAUCCAUAUAAUUAUCAUUACCAAAUAAUUGUGUCAUUGCCACCCUCAUUUGAUUGAAUACCAAUAAAAAUAAAAAUAAAAUGUCAAUUAUUGUACAAAAAAA